UCCGCUUCAUUCGCAUACGGUGAUCGUACCACGGAGCCAGCUCAUUUGUUCCGUGUUCUUUUAGCUGUGAAACUGUACAAUAGUUUGUGUCUGUGUAGUCUGUUCCAUACGAGUGCCGAAGAAAGGCCAUAUGCAUUAAUGAAGGCAAGUCGAGGGGACAUUCUGCCAAAAAUUUUGGCUUAUCCUAGUCAUGUCGUCGUCGUCCUCUUUCACUCUAUUUAAUUACUAGUUCACUAUUCUGCUUCGACGAGCUGAGAUAUUGUCGACCGUCUCUUUGCAUAUCAUCAGUAUAUAUUCCAAGCACUGGCGCUUGGAAGCCUGAAGCGACUAUGACCUCGAUCCGUUGUGGCCGCUAAUGUUGCAGCGCCAGGUGCAGUCCUGCAAGAGAACCAGGACCAAUGGCCCCCAUGGAGUCUCAAGGCUGGAGGAAGAAAAGCACAGUAACAGUCCUCUAUAGUUACUCUUAUCCAGUGUCAAACUCCACUGGCACCAGCAGUCAGGAUGGUGAAAACGAAGUGUCGAUGCAGGAAGGAGAACGACUGAUUCUACUGGAGAAGAGUAACACAGAUUGGUGGCAAGUGCGAAGACCAGGAGAUAAGAGUCAACCCUUUUAUGCCCCUGCAAACUAUCUGCAAGAAGAUGGGAUAAGCAAGGCCAAAAAAGCUAUUCCGUCUUCCCAGUCUUCCUUCAGCAGUGGCGAAUCUCUGGCUUCGACGUACGGCCAUAAUGCCAUCAAUCCAUCUGGUCACAAUAAAUUGAAUGUCAAUCGACGUCACAUUGGCCUUUCAUCGGCAACUUCCGCUUCAGUCACGCACUUGAACGAGAGCCGCAGUGACGAUUGCUUGCAAUUAACUUCUCGGCAACAACCAUCUGACAAGUCAUCUUCCAGCGUUAAAUGGUCCAUCCGGCAAGCGGCAAACUCCGAGCUUCGUAAACAGCGAUCUACCUCGAUGGACGCCAUCAUGUUUCUUGAGCUUUUGGAGAAUGAAAUAAAAGACAUGCCUGGCGGAGGUGGAGCUAGUGGAGAUGUAACGAAAAAAGGCAAAAAUCACAACAGCGAAAAUAUGCACAACAGGAGCAGUAGUAGCAUCGGCAGGCAAUUGAAAAGCGAGUCUUUGGUCGACAGAUUCAAGAAGCCGCGAAUCUCAAAAGAUCUGUGGGAACGACGAAAAUCUUGGGCUGUAGAAGAGUCAACUCCUCCCCCAUCUGUUCACUUGAUGGGACAGUCCUCACGCCAUCAUCGUCAUCCUCUGAAGGAAGAAGAAACAGCCAACAUCAAUCCGAAACAUCAUCACCAGCGCCGCUCAAUGCAGUCGCUGUUGGCGGCUCCGCCACUGCCACCGCGUCUUUCUGCCCAGCAAGAAAAUCAGUCGAGCUUCGGCAGACUGCGAGAUAAAACGUCGACGAGUGUAAACCAACGGGAGUGCAGUGAUGCAGGUGACGCUGAUAAGAAUAUUGAUAAGGCCCCAGCUCUACCGCCCAAAAGGAAUCCCAAUCAAGGCGCAGUUAACGUUUCAUCAGUCGUGUCAGUGUCACCAGCUCGUCCUGCCAAAGUGGACAAUUACUCUCGAGUGAUACCUCUGCGAUCUGCUGCUUCCGCUGGAGGAUCAAUCAAUCACAACAUUAGUGUCGUGUCGAAGGCAACCAAUUCCAAUGCAGCUAAUAACGAAACUAUUUUGAAUCGUUCUUCCCCUCCAUCUUCGUCGCCUCUUGUGAGUCACAAUCGCCUCUUAUCAGAGUCGUUAGAGAAGUUGGCACAGCAAAUUCAGACGCCCCUCUCUUAUCCCCACCCUAUUCCUCCACCGCGUCGUUCCUCAUCCGAAUCCAUGGAACGAUCUGCUGGGAAUAUGGGCCAGUCCAGUAGCAGUUCAUCGUCUCCUCCUCGACUGCCCCCCAAAAAUACCAAACCUCCUGUGGCUAAACCAACACCAACUGUUAAUACAACCCCCACUAAUACUACAAAUGCGACCGUGACUACUACGCAACAACACAAACAAACAGCGAACAAAUUGAGCAAUUCAGCAUUCAAUACCAAAAACGAGGUCAAGGAUAAUUACGUCAAUUUGUUGAGACCUGUGACUAUGAUCGAUACGUUGGACGACAUUCAAAGCGACGAAUCUGGCAUCAAUAUGAGUUUCAAUAAUCCGCUCUUUAACGAAAAGGAGGACGUGCAAGAAAAAGGAUCGCAGGAACAAUUGGGAUCGAGUGUGGACCUUGAGAGUUCGAUUGACGAUGCCGUCAGCUUGAAAGCAGUCAAGAUAUCACGCGGAUCCGAAUCUAAUUUAUCUGGCAGCGAGUUGGAAGCCUCAUCCACUGAAGAUAUUUUGAGUUCGAAAGACUCGCUCAAUUCCAUCCCGUCAGUCAGGAGUGAUCACUCGAGAUCGAAAAUGAAUAACAACAAUAACAAUAAUAAUACGAGUAGUCUAACGAAGCCACCGCCUGAUUCCCCGGGUCCUCGGCAACGGCCCAGACGAGAACUGUUUGAAAACUGGUCUGAAUAUGUGGACCAGACAUCUGGCCGGCCGUUUUAUUACAAUAACGAAAACCGGGCCAAGAGUUGGAAACCACCAAGGAGGAUAGGAACCAGUCCUAUCACUAGGGGAAUUUCCAUUGAGGAAGAGAAAUUUAACGAUGGUGAUCAACUGUCUAGCAGUGUCGAGUCUCAUCAUUCAUCGACCACUAGCCAUCAAUCACGUCUGGCGUCUAAAGCAGUAAUGGAGGCUCAAGCGGCAAACCGCACCUUACUGGCUGUCCCACCCGGAUGGAUAGAAUCUACAGAUCCGUCCACUGACGAAGUCGUCUACAUCAACGCCGGCACAGGAGCAAGGUGGUAUACAUCACUGGACAGCGAGGGUCGUGUCUAUUUCUAUGAAGAGGACAGCAACGAGUCGCUGUGGGCCCUUCCUCAGAUCACGUCCGUUCCUGGUUUGACUUUGUCUCCCGAUACUGAACCGCAGGUCAUUCAGCAAGGCGUCUUUUAUCCGGAAGGCAGUAAACUCAGUCCAAAAAUGAACGAACAACAACUGCCAGUUGUCCCUGUUUCAACAUCCAAAUGGGAUUUAGUCCGUCAAAGGACGUCGAAAGCGGACCGUAAUAGCAAAACUCGAUCAAUGGUCUUGACGAAUUUCAGCGGCUGUGUCGAGGACAUUGCCGUCGAGAAUAUGAGUGGGGAGGCUAGUCGAGUGACGUUGUUAGCGCCCAGCAAAACGGCUUCACUACCUCGCAAUAUUCAGCCACAAUGGCCUAAUUUGCAUGGGGGUAGCAUCGUAAGUGAUUACCUGACAAACUUUGAUAUCAGAGUUCUUCAACAAGGUGUGUUACACAAAACGAAAUUGACAGAGAAUGGCAAGAAAAUACGCAAAAAUUGGACUUCCUCGUGGGUAGUCUUGACGGACUUAUUCCUUUUCCUCUUUAAAGAAUCCACCACGAAAAUGUCUGCCGCUGCUGGUGGAUCGCCGACGGGAACCAACAAACCGGAAUUGUGUGUAGAUUUGAACGGAGCGACCAUCGAAUGGGCAGCCGUCAAAUCCAGCCGUAAAGGUGUUUUCCAAGUUUCGACCCUUCUCGGCGUCCAGCUCCUAUUACAAGACGAAGAUGAGACCAACGCUGUUGUUUGGUUUAACGAGAUCAAACGUGCCAUUCUGCGCUUGCCGUGUGGCACUAAAGAAACAACAAAUCAUUAUCCAUCGCCAUUCCCAUCGCCCUUGAUUAACACUAGACCCCAAAAAUUGUCCUUAGAAAGCAAAAAUUUCUCGCCGGAGUUCAGGCACAAACGCAAUGACUCGGCAAAUUUUCUCAGUCCACCAUCUCCUGAUGUACCGCAGAGUUUCAGCAACAAUAGCAGUUUGGUGAAGCAAGGCAGUAAGAAAAACCGGCUGGGACGGACCAAAUCCACGAAAGUGCCUUUCCUGGGUAGUACGGAGGAUUUGACGGCAGUUGGUCCAGGAGCCAGCCCGGAAAGACAAAAAAAUUUGAGAGACAAAUUGCGCAAAUUUUUUGUGCGCAGACCCACGGUCGACACGUUGGUCCGAAAAGGCAUCUGGAAGGACGAGCCGGUGUUUGGCUGCCAUCUGUCGGCACUCUGUCAUGCAGAUGAGUCCACUGUGCCCAAAUUUGUCCAGCAAGUGAUUCAACUGAUCGAGAGCAAACUGGAGAACAUGAAAGCAGACGGAAUUUAUCGAGCUAGCGGAAAUCUUUCACAAAUUCAAAAGAUUCGUUGCCAGGUCGACCAGUACAACUGGGCCAUCUUGGAAAUCGAAGACGAUGUUCAUGUAUUGACGGGUUGCUUGAAACUCUUCUUCCGUGAACUCAAGGAGCCUCUUAUUCCGUGCCCUCUUUUUGAGAGAGCUUUGCAGGCUACGAAUUAUCAGGGACCUAAUCCGGAACGAAUACGGCGAUAUCGAGAAAUCAUCGAAUCAUUGCCUACGGAGAAUUAUGAUACGUUGCAGUACCUUUUGCGCCAUUUGCUCAAAAUUACGGAAUACCGCGAGCAUAACCGCAUGCACAUUUCAAAUUUGGCCAUCGUCUUCGGACCAACUUUGAUGUGGGCGGCCACUGUGUCCAACAACUUGGCGCUCGAUAUGAUGCAACAGAAUCUUGUAGUCGAAGCCUUACUCAACAACUACCACAACAUUUUCAACAGGUGAUUUGUUUUGGUAUCCAAGCGGAUUCAACAUUUAAAAAGUUCGAAUAACUUCACUUGGGUCUGAUUGCUUAAGAUGACUGGAAAUGGUCUCUUUCUUUCUCUUGUGGCUUCCAUGCCAAUAUAGGCCAAUUAGAUAGACUGGCUAUUUGUAACUAUACGCGCACACGUAUCAUUAUUUCCAAUCGCGGCCUUCCUUUCCAUUGACAGUUCGAAAGUGUAUUAGUCAGACUGUCUUGUAUUAACAUGUUUAAAAAUGCUGUAUCGUAUGAGAUGAGGGAUGUGUUUUGUGGAUUCCACUUGAUGGAUUUAUUUGCUGCACAUUUUAUUUUGUCAGCGUAUCUUUACCCUUUCUAUUCCCCAAGUACAGUUGUUAUUAUCAUAAUGUUAUCCUAUUGUUCCAACGUCGAUUGCUGUCCAUAGUAGAAAAAGAAAAGAAAAAUUCGAAUUAGAAAAGUAUACUUGUUCGUACGGAGAAUUAAAUAAGCGAUUGCGUGUUUUUUUUUCCGGGUGGGUCACAAUUUAUUAGUAUUGAAAUCCUAUUUACCAUUUGUGCAUAUCUUUCUCUUGAUUUUGCCUUCUUAUUUUCUCCUGCCACCAUACACCCACACAUUCCCGGUUUAGAUUGACCUAUUGUUUUUCCUUGGCAAUAGAGUAUGGAUUAACAACUGUUUUGGAACACUUUGACGGUUAAUGUUGACUUGUCGUUUAUUCGUCAUGUUUUCUGGAUCAUUCAGUUGCUGGCAAGUUUACCUAUUGUUGACAGUGAAAGAGAGAAAUCACACAUUCUCAGUUGUGUCAUGCUAGAAUAAAAAUUAAAAUAAAUCAAAUUGCAACGUC